GCACACUGUGUGGCGCGGCGCCGCCAGUGUGCUUGGCGAGGCCUGUGGACGAGGACGAGGACGAGGAGGUCCGGUCGAGCCGCGAACAGUUCGUGAGGCGCCCGGCGAGGCACUCCGUCAGCCCACCGGCCAGCUUGAGGCGCUAGAGGCCUUGGAGCGAGCAAGGCCGUCGCGAUCCUGACCGCGCCGUCAGCACCUCACCGCCACCAUGGACCCCGAGGCCUUCCUGGACCUGGCCAACCAGGUCACCAAGCUCAAGAUGUUCCCGUACUUCGACAUCGCGCACAGCGUGCUCUGCGCGCUGCACGUGCGCGAGGACCUGGGCCCAGGUGCGCACGCCUUCUCCAGGAAGCACCCGCUGUCCUGCUGGCUGUCCACCAUGCUGGUCAUCUUUGCGGGCGGCAUGCUCUGCAACGGACUCCUCGGCGAGCCCAUCCUCGCCCCGCUCAAGAACACUCCCCAGCUCGCCGUCGCCACCAUCGUGUGGUACAUCGUCUUCUACACGCCGUUCGACAUCGGCUACAAGGCCGCCAAGUUCCUGCCCGUCAAGAUCGUCUGCUCGGGGAUGAAGGAGGUCUAUAGGUGUAAAAAAGUUUACGACGGCGUGACCCACGCCGCGAAGCUCUACCCCAACGCCUACAUCAUUAUGAUUCUCAUCGGAACCUUAAAAGGUAACGGCGCGGGAUUCACCAAACUGCUAGAGAGACUGAUCCGCGGCGUCUGGACCCCCACCGCCAUGGAGUUCAUGCAGCCCAGCUUCCCCACCAAGGCCUGCAUCGUGGCCUCCAUCAUCUUCGUCCUGGACAAGAAGACCGACCUGAUCUCGGCGCCGCACGCCCUCGUGUACUUCGGCAUCGUCAUCUUCUUCGUCUACUUCAAGCUGUCCUCCAUCCUGCUGGGCAUCCACGACCCCUUCGUGCCGUUCGAGAAUCUGUUCUGCGCCCUGUUCAUGGGCGGCAUCUGGGACUCGCUGGCCAAGGUCCUGGGCCGCGGCCCCAGCAAGGACGAGAACAAGGACCCCAAGAAGACCAACUAGAGGGGCAGCAGAGCAUCAGCUCCGCCUGCGGAUUGGGAGAAAGGCUCUGGCGACUGACAGUGUAUCCAUCAGCGAACAAAGUGUGGAAGCAGGUUAAUCUAGUCAUUUAGGGCAGCUACAACGGGGUCGUGGAGUACAAAAACUCAAGAAUGACUGCAAUCCACAAAAACAACGAAGCUGUGUUUUAAUAGGAAGCUAAAUUUUGAAAGAUACAAGACAUUUUGUUACUUGUUGUCUCCAUGCACCAAUUUUAUUUUUAAUUUUUUUAAGCAACUUAAAAUUGUACUGACUGGUUUUGAAAGAAAUACCAUUUUUUGGCCCGUGUAAAACUUGGACGGGCAUAUAUUCUCCAGAAAUGUAGGUCAUCUACACCAUGGAUCUGCCAAAGAGUUGUUUAUAACAUUGACAAGGCAUGUUACCUUGCCAGUAUUAAGAUAUUUAAAUUUAUAUUUUAAGUAAGUUUGUAAAGCUUGUCAAUAGGCCAUCAUACUACAAUUCACAAACUCAGUGGGUGCAGUUUGAAAGAGUUGGUAUGAUUGCCUAAUGGAAGCAUCAUUUUCAUAACAUAAUUUGUACAAAGGCACAAUACAACUGGAUUUGAAAAUUAA